AUGCCGCUUCGGCCGUCCGACCUUGCCAGCGGCAACGACGGCGCCUCCUACUGCCUUGCCCAGGUCCUCGACGUCCACAAGGACAGCAGCAGCUUUGUGGUCAGAGCUUCCCAGAGAGUAGACGAUUACGUCAACAGCUACGCGUUCGUUGCUAGCCUGCUCAGCUUCAUACCCUACCAACGCAUCUGGCGGUGCCUACGCUACCGAGCUAACGAUUUUUUUUCUGUCAAGAGAGACGACUCAGUUCUCAAGGCUAUCGCCGGGGAAGCAGAGGAAGACUCCAUCCAGCAGCUGAGCACUUCCCUGACCGGCGGCACCGACGUGCCGCUAUCCGUAUCGGGCAGGCUGUCUGCGUUCAGGCUCAACGAGUCCCAGACUGGCGCCAUACUGAGCUGUGUGUCUGCGGUGCAGCGUGGCGGUGGCGGUGGUGGUGCGAGCACCAAGGUUAGCCUCAUCUGGGGGCCGCCUGGCACGGGCAAAACCAAGACCAUCACCGUGCUGCUGCUGUCGGCGAUGAAGAUGAAAUGGCGGGUCUUGACGUGCGCGCCGACCAACACCGCCGUCUGCCAGCUGGCGUCGCGCCUCCUGGCGCUGAGAAGGAAGCACCCCGAUCCCGAUGCCUGCGCUGGAAUGGGCCACGGCGAUCUGCUGCUGUUUGGCAACAGGCAACGUAUGCACAUCGCCGACGAUCUCGACCACAUCUUCCUGGACACUUGUGUGAAGCUGCUAUCAGAGUGCUUCUCGCCGGGGACAGGUUGGAGGCGGUGUCAUUUUUCACUGGAAGCGUUUCUGCGCGGCCAAAUAGCCAUGAUCAAGCCGGAGGAUGGCACAGAACCAGUAGUACUCAAGUACUACUCCUUCCCCACGUCACAGUUCCACCGGAUCUUCGAUGAGCUUAGCAAGUGUUUGAAGACAAUCAUGUCUCAUGUGUCAACUCUGGAGAAGAACUACAGCAACAUUGCUUUGCUCAGCAAGAUGCUCCGCGACUUCAGCAAGCUGCCGGGCGUUCAGAAACAAGUCCCCACGUCAUCGAGACAGCUGAAACGGCAAUGCCAUGGUUUAAGAAUGGGUUGCCACUCGGAACAAACAGUUGGUGCCAUGAGGGAGAAAAUGCCAGCAAUUUUAGACGUCACGAGAGAUCUGUUACGGGACCGGAACCUUCCUGUGACGAAAGAAUUUUCCGAGAUCAAGAAGUUUUGCAUCCAAAGCGCCUCGGUCAUUUUAUGCACUGUGUCUGGCUCGUCUAAGCUGGAGGGGGAGAAGAUGGAUCUGCUUCUGAUCGAUGAGGCUGCACAGCUCAAGGAAUGUGAAUCCCUCAUCCCGUUGCAAGUCUUCGGACUCAAGCAUGCAGUUCUUAUCGGUGACGAGCGCCAACUGCCGGCCAUGGUCCAAAGCAAGAUUUCAGAUAAGGCGUUGCUGGGCAGGAGCCUGUUUGAAAGACUGGGUUUACUCGGACACAAGAAGCACCUCCUCAACAUGCAGUACAGGAUGCACCCUUCCAUAAGCAUCUUCCCCAACUUGAGCUUCUACGACAGGCAAAUCUUGAAUGGCCCCAAUGUGUUGGAGACGAAGCACCAACGUAGUUACCUUCCUGGUGCAAUGUUCGGGCCAUACUCGUUCAUCAACAUCGACGGUGUGGAAGACCGCGGCCGCAGCAAGACAAACAUGUCUGAGGUGACCGCCAUCCUGCAAAUACUGCAGAGUCUCAAGAAAGCUUGUAACAGAGCUGGGAAGUUGGUUAGCGUGGGCGUCAUAUGCCCAUACACUGCUCAGGUGGAGGCGAUUAAGGGGGGGAUAGGGGAUGUGAAGGAGAUGCGCCCACUGGUUCUUCGCGUCAACACCGUGGAUGGGUUCCAGGGCAGCGAAGAAGACGUUAUCAUCCUCUCCACCGUCAGGCACUGCCUUUGGAUCGUAGGCAACGCGGCGACACUAAGCAGCAGCGGCUCCAUCUGGGGGGAGCUAGUACAGGAUGCUGUGGAACGUCGUUGCAUCUUCGACUGGGACAAUGGCGAGGUCCUGUCUCCCGCAGUUUCUCGCCGCGCUCGUUUGAUCGGGCCUGAUUUCGUCAGAAACAUACUCCGCGAGAUACCAACAUAUGCACGCGUGAAGAUCGGUAAGAACUGA